UUGGUAACGGAUAGUGGGCUGCUUCAUCACAAAUCCUUACCAAUACCAGCAACAGUGCUGCUCACUGAGAAAGAGCCUCCUGAGCCUGACUCAAAGUACGGCUGGCUGGUAAUACUCGGCACAUUCAUCAUUUUCAUGUUCUCUGUUGGGCUGCCGACCACUUACGGUAUAUUUAUCCACGAAUAUAUACUGAACGAGUUCCCGGAAGCACCUGCUGCACUGAUUUCAUGGAUAGGAACCUUGCAGGUGGGAAUUAUCUGCAUAUUUGACAUAUUCGUAGACAGUUUGUGCGAGAUAUUUGAUACGCACCUUAUAUGCAGUGUCGGGUCAGAUAUCGCUAGGGCUGCAUUGAUUAUCGCGUCUUUUUGCAACUCGCUCGCUGGACCAGUAUUUACACAAGGAAUACUAUUUGGACUAGGGGACUCAUCCCUCUAUGUCCCAGGUCUGACGCUGGUACCGCAGUGGCUUGUUAAACAUCGCAGCUUUGCAAAUAGUAUUGCAAUCAGUAGUGCUGGAGUCGGCGGCCUCUGGCUACCAGUAGCGAUGCGUGCCAUGAUCCAGAGGUUAGGUCGGCAUUGGGCACUGCAAACAGCUGGAAUUGUUAUCAUCGUUGUCUGUGGGGCUUGUAGUUUGCUGAUGAAGGUGCGUGUAAAGUUUGAGCGGCGCGACAAGAUAAUUGAUUUCAGUGUGCGGAAGGACUCGCAUUAUAUUUCUCUUCGUGGUUGCCCUGUUUGCCUCCAGCGGCUACUACCUGCCUUUCUAUUUUAUACAAUCCUUCUCGGCCGUCAUCCUGUAUAAAAGUCAGACAUGGGGGUCCAAUAUAUCGUCGAUACUCAAUGCAGCAUGCGUUGUAGGUCAGGCUAUGCUGGGUGCCCUAGGGGACCAGAUUGGUCCACUUAAUGCACUCGUAAUUGUCUUCGCAGGCAGUACCGUUUGCGUCAUGGUGAUGUAGUUGCCGUUUGCCACUGGUGGCACGCUGCUGACUGCAACAGUCUUGCUUGGGUUCUUCUCUGGUGCUAUCGUCAGCCUUGUCCCGGUUGUCAUAGCCAGUAUCUUUGGUUCUAGUCGCAUACAAACCAUCAUUGGCCUGAUCAUGGUGGCCUGUGCAAUUGGCAUGUUCAUCUCUGGGCAGCCUGCAGGCGCAGUUCUCGACAGGUUU